CAAACAUCUGUUGGCUCCUGGCUGCACAGUUAGCCACCUAUCACCAAUAUAAUAACAAUAACAGCUACAUGUCACACCGCGACAGCUUCAAAUAAACCCUCACCUGUUCACACACACAGCCGCCGCACAGUUUCCGCUGCCUGUCUGAUCUGAGCUCCAGGAUAGGGAAGCAAAGCGGAGAGGCAGCUGCCGGUGGCGCAGCGAGCCUGGUCGACAAAAUGUCUGAGAGCCCCGAGAAGAGCGCCUCGGUGUCUGCUCAGGAGCUGAAGGAGCAGGGCAACCGCCUCUUUCUCAGCCGCAAGUACCUGGAGGCCGCUGCCUGCUACAGCAAAGCUAUCAGCCACAGUCCCGUCCCAGCGUACUACACCAACAGAGCUCUGUGCUUCGUGAAGCUGCAGCAGUACGACAAAGCUCUGGCAGACUGCAGACACGCUCUAGAGCUCGACAGCCAGUCAGUGAAAGCCCACUUCUUCAUGGGUCAGUGUCACCUGGAGAUGGAGAACUAUGACGAAGCCAUCGGCAACCUGCAGAAAGCGUAUAACCUGGCAAAGGAGCAGCGUCUGAACUUCGGCGACGACAUUCCCAGCGCUCUCCGGAUAGCGAAGAAGAAGCGGUGGAACAGCCUGGAGGAGCGGAGGAUCAACCAGGAGAGCGAGCUGCACGCUUACCUCACCAACCUCAUCCUGGCUGAGAAGAAGAGAGAACUGGAGGGCUGCCGACAGAAACAAGAGGACAAGACUGACGACAGCAGAGUUCAGCACAAUCUCAAUGAAAUCCACACUGAACAUGACAAGUUCCUGUCAGACAUGGAGGAGCUGUUCUCUCAAGUAGACGAGAAGAGGAAGAAGCGUGAGAUCCCAGACUUCCUGUGUGGGAAGAUCAGCUUUGAGUUGAUGAGAGAGCCGUGCAUCACUCCCAGUGGUGUCACUUACGACCGGAAAGACAUUGAAGAGCAUCUCCAGCGAGUUGGCCAUUUUGACCCAGUGACCCGCAGCCCGCUGACCCAAGACCAACUCAUCCCCAACCUGGCCAUGAAGGAAGUCAUUGAUGCGUUCAUUUUGGAGAACGGAUGGGUGGAAGACUACUGAACAAAGCAGAGGAGAGAGGAAGGAAGGAAGGAAGGAAGGAAAAGUCGAGACAGAUCAGUGUUUUCAGUCACAUGCGCUUCAGUUCCCUUCACGCUUGUCCGAGUUAAAAGUUUGACAAUCAUGAGAGAAAUCUUUGGACGAUCUGAGAAGAAUUUAGGACCAAAUUCUCACAAUGUGACCGCUGCUACGAGCCACGAGUACAAACCAAUCAAUCAGAAUAUUACGUGAUAGGAAUCAGAAUACACUGGCGGGCGUUACAUCUGAUUAGUGUCAGGGGAUGAAAGCAUAAAUACUCUUUUAAAAAGUCCAAAGUCAAAAUGAUGGAGGUGAAACAUGAAAGAAGUUUGUGUGAUGGAUUACGAGCUGAUGAUGUUUUUUCUGUCUCCAUCAUAGCGUUACGACCAAUCAGCAGCUUCCACGUCUUGAGGCCGAAGCACCUUAAAGUGCCGCUGACGACCGCUAGCUGGCUCCAUUCAAAAAGCCUCAACUUCUCUCUAGGAAAUAGUCAUUAUAGUCUCAAUCUUUAAAUUCAGACCCUGUAAUAAGUGGGCUGGUGGUCAUUGUGGAAAUUAUUAUUAUUAUAAUAAUAAGAUUUGAGGACUUACAGUAGCUUUGAUGUCGGCUGUGUGAGAGUUGAUUGACAGCUGUGAUUGACAGUUGGCUCUGUGGCUCACAUUGAGUAUUGUCUAUUGUCUAAAUCUUUCAAUAAGUUAUAUAUAAUAUUGAUUAAGAUACCUGCCCUGUUAGUUCUAGAGAAUGAAAGGAAACAGUCCACCCUUCUUAUCUUGAAGCUCCUGGCUCCAAACAGAAAAGAUGGCACCAAUGAAACCAACAGGUAAAGUCACACUGACCCAUUAACAGACGGUCAGAGGCCACAAAAUAAAAAGCAAAAAGUACCAGAAAUAUUUUCCAAUAAAGCAACAAAACAAUCUGUUAAAUGAUAAUAACGUGCAGAUAAAGCAGGCUGGUUGCACAGAGGAACAAAGGAGGAACCGUCCUCCAUAAUCGAUGGUUUUAAAUGUUUAACUUUAUAUUUAUGCUGUUUUUGUUGGAUGAUGCUGGACUGUUUGCAGUGUUGCAGUUUUUGUUGUUUUGUCGACAGAGAAAAAGGACAAAGAAGAAGAAGAAGAAGAGAUUUAGCUGUUUCUACGUUGUUCAGAUGCAAAUCACAGAAAAAUGAGUCAAAUUUAAACUUGUGUGUCUUUUUUGUAAAUAUGUUAUGCUGUGUCUCAAACCACAAAGCUUCUGUUAGUUCACUCUGUUCUUGUUUAGUGUGCGAAUUCAGACAGGUUAGUGUCUCAAAUCAAACGUGGUCAUAGAAAGCUAGUGUUAGCAUUCGUGUUAUUGUUUGUGUUUGUUGUAGCAAAUCAUUACCGACUGCUGAAUUAACCCAAUAAACCUGAGAAGUGUUCAUAGUACCACACUCUCAGUAUGAACGCACUUAUACACUUAGGGCCUGAUUUACUAAGAUCCCAAAUAGUGGGUACUAAAUUGCGUGCACGGUGCAAUAGAUUGCGUGUGCCGUUUGCGUGCGUUUUGCAGGUGAUCUACUAAGAAUAACUGCGCAAAUGAAAACAGGUGAAACGGGGAGGAGACAGCAGUAUUUAAAUAAGGGUUUUGUGUCUUAAUGGAGAGUUUUAGUGACAAAGUCAAUGCUGUUAGUAAAACCACAAAUAUUCCACUCCACAAAUAUUAACACGGGUGGAAAAAGUCCGUCCUGUGUGUAUUGUGUCAUUGUGCCUCCGUCUCCUCGUCUCCAUGGUAACAGCCGGUUAAUACCUGUCCAUCAAACUUAUUAUUUAUAGACGCAGUUACCGUCAGCAACAUUACCUUCAGGUUUGGUAAAUCACAAUGCGUGUGUUAAAUAACAUGUUUGCAUUGUCUCCUCAUUCAUUACGGUAAACUACUAAUAUUACAUUCAUUACGGUAAACGUAAUAAAUGAACAGCGCGUAUUAUCUUCCACAGUUGAAAGACGCAAACCUCUGUGCACUGCGUUAGUAGAUCAGCUUGCACAUUUUUUGCGGGUGAUGUCAAGUUUGCACACGUUCCUACACACGCAGACCUUUAGUAAAUCAGACCCUUAGAAUAUUAAGUGCAAGUACAGAAGAAGAGGUUUGAGGCACAGCAUUACUGUAGUAGUAAAUCAUGCUGUGGCUCCAAGAAUCAACAAACUGACGACUACAAUCAGAACAUUUUUAAAAAUUGGAUCGUAUAAAUGUCAAAGAAACGACGCCACGGCUUCGUCCAGCAGCUCAUUCAAGUGUGAAAAGAGGAUUUAAUGUUUGCUGGCAAACAAGAAGAAAAAGAAACUGUUUCGGUGGGAUUAAGAACAACUUGUUUUAUAUUUUCAUGUGUUUAAAAUGUUUUUCUGUUUUGUUUUUGUUUGUUUUUUUGCGAACUCUUUGUGCUUUUUGUUGUAAUUUUUGGUUUUCCACACUUUUAACAGCUGUUUGUCGGAGGAUUUAAAAUGCCCGUCAUGUUACAAUAUGAUCAAAUCGUUCAGUUAUUAAAGACAAGAAGCUAUUUAUUGUCCCUUUUAUUGUUAUUUAGCAAAUGCAUACAUAAAAAAAAUCAUCAGUCAAGGAAGGAAGGGAGGAAGAAAGGAAGGAAAGGAGGGAAGAAGAAGGAGGAAAGGAAGGAAAGGAGGGAAGGAAGGAUGGAGGAAAUAAGGAAGGUAGGAGGGAGGAAGGAAAGCAAGGAAGGAAGGACGGAGGAAAGGAGGG